UGCUAAUCCGAAUUUGGCGAGCAUGGAAUGUUCCAUCUCAUGUUUUGGCUUAAGCUAUCGAUCUGAGACAAUCUUCAAAUACACUUACUCUGCUUCAUCCUCAGUCAAUCCGUUAUAUUGCUGGAAGUUUUCCAUCUCGGGUAAAAUAAAAAGCUCAUACGAGAAUGUUAUCUCAAUUAUGGAAGUGUUCAUAUCGAGCACAAAUGAUGCUCAGCAGGCAGAUCUCCACUGCUACUAAGGAGACAAAAAUCGGCAUCAUCGGAUGUGGCAAUGUUGGCAAUGCUGUGGCCAACAACUUGCUCAGGAAAGGAUUCAAUGUGACCAGUAGCUUCGACACGUCUAAAGAGCAUAUGGAAAAAAUGCCACAAGGAAUCAAACAUUGCGGUUCUCCUCGGGAAGUCGCGGAGACCUGCGAAGUUAUCAUUACAGGGCUACCGCGGCCUGUGAACGUGUUGGAGGCAGCUGAAGGUCAGGACGGCAUUCUUGCGGGCCUCAGCAAGGAUAAGGUCUGGGUCGACCACUCGACCACAGAUAACGACAACACUGUCAAAUUCGUCGAAGAGGCUAAAACGAAAGGGGCGUAUGUGUUGGAAGCGCCCAUCACAGGAGGUCUGGCGGCGCUCAAGAAAGGCAACAUGGUCGCCUUCAUGGCCGGCGACAAGCAGGCAGCCGACGCUGUAAUGCCCAUCAUGGAAUGUUCGUACCAACGUUCCGUGUACUGUGGUGCUGUAGGCAGCGCCAUGAUGAUGAAGGUCGUCAGUAACCUGCUGGCAGCCGUCAACCUACUCGCCCUCAGUGAGGUGCUCAUGCUCGCAAAACGGGCCAACCUCGACCUGAAGCUCUUCUACGAGGCGAUCAGAGUGAGCGCUGGUCACAGCUUCGUGUGGGACACGGGCGUGCCGUUUGUGUUGCAGGGCAGCUACGAGCCUGGCUUUACUAUGGAGCUCUUCUGUAAAGACAUGCAGCUAGGCUACGACAUGGCGCGCAAGUACAGAGUACCGAUGCCGAUCCACCAGCACACGAUGGCAGCGUUCCGACAGUGCCAGUAUCAGUACGGCGACGACGCCGCCUGCUACAUACCACCUAAAGCCCUUCAAGAAGCUUUGGGUGUCGAGCUACAGGAUCAGAGAUUCAAGGACUGGGAUUACGACACCGAGAUCAUCAAGGAUAUUCUUAUUGUAAAGAACAAAGGAAUUAAAGACUGAAAAGGGCUUCGAAUCACUGGAUGGAGCACGGGGAUUACGGAAUAGAAGAUCGUCUUUGUUUUAUUGUCGUAUCAAAAAUUGUUAGGAUUAAAACGUUGAUUUUCCAUUUCAUUCUGGUCGAAAUCUAUUUUCCUUUUGUGAACUGUAAAAUGCAGGAAAAGCUUGAUGUUUUGCAAAAAUUAAUCAGCUCAUUCAA